UUCGCGCUCGCGGGAGGGAUGAGAGAGGAGGAGGAAGGAAAGCAGAGACGGGGAGAUGGACGCUGCUACCGAGCUUGCGACGGACUCACAAAACCCUAGCAAUGGCGGACCUCAUUCAGAAGAUGAGAAGCCGAUGGUGGUGGUGAUAAUGGGGUCCACCGGUGCUGGGAAGUCGAAGCUGGCCAUCGAUUUGGCCGCUUAUUUUCCCAUCGAGGUCAUCAACGCUGACUCCAUGCAGGUCUACGGUGGACUCGAUGUUCUGACCAACAAAGUCCCCCUUGACGAGCAAAAAGGAGUUCCUCACCAUCUUCUGGGCACAGUCAAUCCUAACGAGGAAUUCACGGCCAAGAUGUUCCGUGAUUUAGCUAUCCCUUUGAUCGAUCGCAUUUGUUCGCGCAAUCACCUGCCAGUCAUAGUUGGUGGAACUAAUUACUAUAUUCAGGCUCUUGUGAGUCCAUUUCUCAUGGAUGAGGCGGCGAAUCAUAUGGAUGAUGGUGGUUUAAGUGAAGCUCUUGGAGAGGAGCAUCCAGAUUCUGAAGUAGACUCUGGGGAGAGCAAUUGUAAUGUUAGCUUUGACCGUCUGAAAGCCAUUGAUCCUAUUGCUGCAAAUAGGAUACAUCCAAAUAACAAGAGAAAAAUAAAUCAGUAUCUUAGUUUAUAUGCUCGUUCUGGAGUUGUCCCUAGCAAACUUUUUCAGGAAAAAACUGUGGAGAACUGGGGCCGUGUUGAAAAUUUUAGAUACCGCUGCUGUUUUAUAUGCGUGGAUGCCUCUCUCCCUGUUCUGGACCGAUAUGUGGAAGAAAGAGUCGAUGUUAUGGUAGAUUCUGGGUUGCUUAAUGAAGUCUGUGACAUCUAUGACAUCGAUGCAGACUAUUCUCGAGGUUUGCGACAGGCUAUCGGUGUUAGAGAAUUCGAGACUUUCCUGAGAGUUUACCUUUCCAAAAUAGGCCAUGCUAAAGUAGAUGCUUCCGACACUGGUUUAACAUAUUUGGAGUCGCCAAAGCAAGUUGGUGAAAUGUUGAAAGAGAAUAUGAAAGCAAUAUUGGAGUCCUCGAUUGAGGACCAACUUAAAGUUUUAUUAGAAGGAGCCAUUGAAAGUGUGAAAGCAAAUACCCGGAGACUUGUACGUCAACAGAAAAGGAGGAUUCAGCGGCUUCAAACAUUGUUUGGAUGGGACAUCAACUUUGUUGAUUCAACAGAAGCAAUAUCAUGUAGUAGGUCAAACGACUCAUGGGACGCACGAGUAGUGGAACCAGCAGUGGAAUUUAUAAGAAAUUUCCAGGAUGCGAAUUCAAGUGAGUCACCGGAUCUAGAGGCUCGGAAACAUUCCGAGACAAGUUUGUCGAUGAGGGAUCUGUGGACUCAAUACGUGUGCAAGGCUUGUGGGGAUCGGGUUCUCAGAGGAGCGCAUGAGUGGGAGCAACACAGGCAGGGCCGUUCUCAUCGGAAGCGCGCCGCCCGGAUGAAGAAGUUGCUCGGUUCAGAUUAUGUGGAACGGGACAUACGCCGCGGAGCUGGAAUCAGGAUUUGAUCCGUAUACUGAAGGAUGUUUUAUAAACUCUACAUACACCACGGAGCUAAUAAUAUCCUUUUCGUUUUUGUUGUUUUGCGGGUCUAACUUGGUUAAAAGGAAGAGUCCAUCUCCACUUUCUUUUCCAUAGAAAUUCUGGGGAAGGAAACAAAUGGAGAACACAGAUCUAACGGGGGGCUCCAUUGAAGAUUUCUUGAUAUGAAAAGUGGUGCCAUGUGAUCCACUAGAAUGAUAUUACCUAUGUUUGUUUAUGCAUAUAUAUAUAUGUAUGGCUUAGUUCACAUAGAAAUGACGGAAAGCUGAAAAUCAA